AUGGCGCGUGUCGGCCGCGUUGGGUUCCUCACCCUCGCGGUGGUUUUCCACUUGAUGUACGCCUAUUCAAUUUUUGACAUAUACUUUGUCAGUCCAAUUGUUAGUGGCAUGAGAUCAUUCGGAGUGGGAAGGGAAGCCAACGCCGAAGCUCCUGCCAAACGUCUGGUCCUAUUUGUGGCGGAUGGCUUACGCGCCGAUAAGGCGUUUCAAGCAUUACCUGACCCCGAUGCGCCGGCAGAUCUCGAAAACGAAGAGCCUAUUUACCUGGCACCUUUUAUCCGAUCUCGCGCGCUUUCUCACGGUACCUUUGGCAUCUCCCAUACCCGAGUUCCCACCGAGUCGAGACCCGGCCAUGUUGCGCUUAUCGCGGGGUUAUAUGAAGAUGUAUCGGCUGUGACUACAGGCUGGAAACUUAAUCCAGUAGACUUCGACAGUGUUUUCAAUAGAAGCCGACAUACGUGGAGCUGGGGGAGCCCGGAUAUUCUUCUGAUGUUCAAAGAGGGUGCCGUUCCUGGGAGAGUUGACGCAGACACAUACAGUGAAGAGUCUGAAGAUUUCACGGCUGAUGCGACGAAGCUUGACACCUGGGUUUUCGACAAGGUCAAGGAGCUCUUUUCAUCUGCGAAGAACGUCCCGGAGUUAGACGCGAAACUGCGGGAAGAUAAACUAGUCUUUUUCUUGCACCUUCUUGGUUUAGAUACGACUGGUCAUGGCUAUCGGCCUUAUUCAAAGGAAUAUCUGCACAACAUUAAAAUAGUGGACAAGGGGGUGCAGGAAAUCACGCAGCUUGUGGAGGACUUCUACGGGGAUGGCAAGACAUCAUUUGUAUUUACCGCAGAUCACGGUAUGAGCGAUUGGGGAAGCCAUGGAGACGGCCACCCUAACAAUACCAGAACCCCGCUAGUUGUUUGGGGGUCUGGUGUUGCCAGCCCCAGAUAUACACACGAAGGACGUGUAUCAGGACACGAAGAUGGAGUUUCGGCAGAUUGGGGCCUUGACAGCGUUCAGCGAAACGAUGUGGAUCAGGCAGAUGUCGCUGCUCUCAUGGCCUACUUGGCGGGUAUUGACUUUCCCACAAACUCUGUCGGACAAUUGCCCCUAGAAUAUCUAGAUGCCAGUCCUAAGGAUAAGGCCCUGGCUGCGCUUGCCAAUACGCAGGGAGUUCUAGAAAUGUAUCGUGUUAAAGAAGAGCAAAAGCGGGCCGCACUGUUACAGUAUACGCCGUUCGAACCUCUUACAGAAAGCGGCGAGACUUCCGUGGAGGCGCGUCUUGAUAAGAUCAAGGCACUAAUCUCAAACGGCUCCUACGACGUGUCGAUCCAGCUGAGUUCUGAGCUCUUAGUCACGGCAUUAGAAGGCUUGCGAUAUCUCCAAACGUACGAUUGGCUCUUCCUGAGAACCAUCGUCUCCUUAGGCUAUUUGGGUUGGAUUGCGUACGCUUUGACGACGGUGAUUGACCUACAUGUUUUGCACGAAACGUCCGACUCGAGUCGCACAAUAUCCAGUGUUAUAUUCUUCUCAUCUGUCCUUGUUGCUCUCUUUUCCGUUCUCCUGUACCAGGGCUCGUCGUGGAGGUACUAUUUUUAUGCACUGUUUCCCGUCUUUUUCUGGGAAGAGGUUUUCGCGCGGCGGAAAGCCCUGCUUGCCGGCCGUGCGAUUCUCUUGGGCCAUGUCCAUUCUAUAAGCGGCUACUUUGUAUUUGCCAUACAGCUGUUGCUAUUUGUGGGUGUGUUGGAGGCAUUGGUACAAUCCUAUUUCCAUCGGGAAAUCUUUACUGUUUGCUUUAUUUUGGGGGGUUUUUGGCCGAUAACCUACGGUUUAAAGUUCAUUAAAAGCCAUAGGUUGCUUUCUGCGUCAUGGGCAAUCGGCUGUUUCCUAAUGAGCACAUUCACCCUCUUGCCUGCCAACAAAGUUGAGGACGUCGGGAUGAUUACCUGUGGUUCUCUGUUAAUGUUCUUUACUGGCCUACUAUAUCUUAUCCUUGAGAACGAUAUUCUAGGACAGAAGUGCUCUUCCACACAAAACCCACCCGUCUCUCGCUGCGGUUCACGAGCUAUUAUGGGAGCCCAGGUCGGUAUGAUUCUCCUUGCGUUGAUUGUGACCAGGUCAAGUGUAGCUUCCCUUCAGGCUAAGCAAGGCCUCCCUCUUGGUAACCAGGUUCUUGGGUGGUCUAUUUUGGUUUCUUCGCUUUCACUGCCUCUGCUGCACCGUCUGUAUCCCAAUAGUCACUACCUGCAUCGGUUGAUGGUCAUUUUCCUCACCUUCUCUCCGACCUUCAUUAUCCUUACUAUUUCGUACGAAGGGCUAUUCUACUUUGUCUUCUGUAUGACUCUGCUUACGUGGGUCCGGCUGGAACACGCCAUCUACGCUCAUACUGCGGCCCCAGUAAGCGAGCAGGAUCAUAGUGUGGCAAAUGGUUCUAUGCCUCCAAAGAAGCCAAAUGCGGGAGCCACGGUGGUGGUCGAAGGCCAAUCAUACCGAUACCGGGCACUUAGCGUCUCCGAUGCACGCGUGGCCCUAUUUUUCUUUUUCCUCCUUCAAUCAGCCUUUUUCAGCACCGGCAAUAUCGCAUCGGUGUCCUCCUUCUCGCUAGACAGCGUGUACCGGCUUAUCCCGAUCUUUAACCCAUUUAGUCAGGGCGCGCUGCUAAUAUUAAAGCUUUUAAUCCCCUUUGCGAUCAUUAGCGCGAAUCUGGGCAUCCUCAACCGCCGAUUGGAGGUGGCGCCCAGCGCUCUCUUUAUGGUUGUCAUGUCCAUCUCCGACGUAAUGACCCUGAACUUCUUCUACAUGGUCCGUGAUGAGGGUUCCUGGCUAGAGAUUGGCACGACCAUUAGUCAUUUCUGCAUUGCCAGCUUCCUGUGCACAUUUGUGGCGGGACUGGAGUUUCUGAGUGAAGUGUUCAUCAGUGGUGUGGACAUUGGCCACACAGUCACCGCCAAUGGAUCCAACGUUGUCAACGGCUCCAUGACGUGCGAGCAUUCUCCGGAGUCAGAUCAAUCCGGGGUUCGUGAAACGGAGGUGGAGAUUAUAAUCAAAGGUGACCCGGACGGCAGUUCGUAA